UUUGUCGCGCAUCUCAGAGCUUGCCCCACGAAAUCUUGACAGGCUGGUCGCACGGGUUCGAGAUGUGCGGCAUGUACGAUGACAGCAGAUUGGUGCCGAACCCGCACCCCUCGCACACAUACGUGUAUCCCAGGACGCGCUCAACUGCUGGCAGUGAGGGCGCAGUCAGGGACACAGGCGACGACAGCAGGGAGUCGGCAGCAGCCGACGACCCGCUCGACGACACCGACGAACGGCGGCGCAUGUGCGGCUGGUAGGAGACAGAGCUGGGCUUGAAGAAAUCCAUUGCCGGGUAUUUUGCUGGGAAUACGAAACUGUGGAGCGGGUGAAAAGAAUGGAGAGGAGGGAAAGGCUGUCAGUUUUUCUGGAGUCUAGCAGAGGAGAAGGGCGAGAGCAGCCCAGCCGCGACUUUUAUAUCUCCGAAAAAGUGGAUUCCUGUCUGUGGCCAAGAGUUUUUUUCGAGGGAUUCACAGGCCACAUAUUUGGCAUUUGUCAGAGGGCAGAGUAAAU